GUCGCCAUGCCGUUUGGUCAAGUCGUGCUGGGUCCACCAGGCAGUGGCAAGACAACAUAUUGCAAUGGUAUGCAGCAGUUCCUUCAAGCAUCCGGCCGAAAAGUGGCCGUUGUGAACAUGGACCCAGCCAACGAACAACUGCCAUACGUUGCCGAUGUCGACAUUGCCGAGCUCGUGUGCCUUGAGAACGUGAUGGAUGAGCUGCAUCUUGGCCCGAACGGAGGCCUUGUGUAUUGCAUGAACUUCAUUGAUCAAAACUUCGACUGGCUCGCCGAACGGCUCGACGUGCUGCCAGAUUCAACGUAUGUUCUAUUCGACUUUCCUGGACAAGUCGAGCUGUACACCCACGACGGGAGCAUGCACAGCAUCGUGAAGAAGCUCGAGAAGCGGCUGGAAUAUCGGGUAUCAGCGGUGCACUUAGUCGAUGCGCACCACUGCACAGACAGUGCCAAGUUCAUUUCGGUCGUCCUGCUCAGUUUGUCGUCCAUGGUCCGCCUCGAGCUGCCGCAUAUCAACGUCCUGUCCAAGAUGGAUUUGAUCCAGCAAUAUGGCCAACUCACUUUCAAUCUCGAGUUUUACACAGACGUGCUCGAUCUUCGGUACCUGCUGGAUCGGUUGGAAGCCCAGGACUAUGGCGACUCGUUCGACGACGACGUGAAUGGACUUGACGAGGACGUCGACACGAUGCAGCCGCCGCCCGCCGUCGCCGCGCGAAAGCUCAAAGUCCGCGAGCGUUUUCGCAAGAUGCACGAAGUGCUCAUCGAAGUGAUCGAGGACUUUUCGCUCGUGAGUUUCGUGCCUUUGCAAAUUGAGGACGUCGACAGUCUCCAGCGCGUCGUCAAUGCGAUCGACAAGUCGAACGGGUUUGUGUUUGAAGGAGCGUCGGCGAAUGCAAUUGCCGGGGACCGCGACUUCCAGUCGGAGCGUAUCGGGGACAUGGAAGAGCGCUACGUUCGAUAAUACAGACGAUGGCGAGUUGGAUUUUUUCACGCGUUCCCCGUGUCGCACGGCCGUUUCGGUGUUCGGUCCUCUCGAAACGAAUCGUUGCGAUCUUGC